UUUUGUUUCUUUAAAAGCUUUUUAAUAUCAGAUUUUUUAUGUACAUUCCCUCUGUCUAGGGCUGAGAUAAUUGAAUCUUUAUGUCUGAAAAAUUGUUUGAAUAGAAUCUAUGUCUGAAAAAUAAAAUGUAGCUCAAUAGUUAAUUAUUAUUAUUAUUAUUAUGACUUGUACAUCAGAGCAUGUCUUAAGUAUCCGCUUAUGUGUGAAAUUUUGAACUUGGUUCUGUGUUUUUUUCUGCUGCUUGAAAUUAGUUUUGCCUGAUAAAAGUGUUGGACUUGGAUGCUGAUAUUAUGGUCCUUGAGCAUUCACAUUGGGAAUGCUAUAUGCCAUAUUUUGGUUCAAUUUAGCAUAAAAGUCCAAAACAACCUCUGCAUCCAGACUUGUAAAAAGCUACUAUUGCAAAAAUAUUUGGAAUUGUGCUACAGUGCGAUUCUACACUGUAGCUGAAUUGUAAAACAAAAUAUGAUAUUUUAUUCUAAUAUGUCUUAAUCUGAUAAAAAAAAAAAUGCAUUCAUCAUAAAGUAGACUCUAUAUGUUGAAAUUCUAUUUCAUCUAUAAUUUUUUUUUUCUAACCUUUCACAAAGCCAAGGAAGCAAAAUGUGUGUAAAAUAAGUACUAAAAUGGAGGAGCUCAGCCCGUUUGUGAACUGUGAACUGAUUAUAUUUCACUUGAGGUAACAGCAUGAUUAGAGCGCACAAGUUAUGCAAAUAUGGCACAUUAUCAAUUAAUUUGAGUAUAUCCUUAGGGAAAUAUGUGUUAUCAUGGUUCACUAACCUAUGUGGCAACAAAUGGUUAUCAUGGUUAUUGGUUAGAGUGCUCUUGGAUAUUUUAGGGUGUGUUUGAUGACACAUAGGAAGUACAAAUAUUUAUCAUGCUCAUAUGAUACAUAAUACAUACCAAGCAUUUUAUCACAUGUAAUUUUGGGUGUAGGAAGUCCUUUGUUUUAAGUCUGUUUAAUUUUGUUUUAAGGGUGUUUCUUUGGCUGCCUGAAGUCUGUUUUCAGUUAUAUGCUUCUGAAGUCUGGUAGUUAUUUAUGUGGCUGUUUUAUGUCUGUUUCAGUGGCAGAAUUUGUCAAAUCUGUUCUGGGGCUGUUUUAAGCUAUUUAAGUGUGUUUAAUUUUUCUGGUAGCUGUCUAUGAGGAUGUUUACUGAUGUUUAUGUUGCUGUUUUUAUGUCUGUUUCAGUGGCAGAAUUUGUCAAAUCUGUUAUGGGGCUGCUUUAAGUAUGUUUUAAGGUUGUCUCUAUGGAUCGCUCUCUUUUUCGCAAUUUGCUUUUUGAUGACUCAGAUGAGGAUGAGAUAAUAAGGCAAAUUCUUAAGGAUUCAACAUCACCAUGUAAACGUCGUUGGUAUAUCGAACGUGAUUGUUUGGCAAGCCAUAAAAGACUUUAUUUCGAACGUGGAUUGCAUCUAGAUACAAGCAUGGCGCAGCGAGGGCGCAGUGACAUGAAUCUCAAGGGUUCUAGAAGUAAGAAGAAAAAAAUGGUUGACAAUAGUAAUUGGAGGCCAUGGUCAGAGCUCCCUGUGGGUUUGCUUGAUCAGAUAACGAAGUCACUAGGUGCUGUAGGCCAUCUAAUGUUUGGCUGCGUCUGCAGAAGAUGGAGGUUGUAUGCUGUAGCACACAGGCAAGAGUUUAUGAUAUCCCAACCUCCACUCGUUGUCUUCUUAUCAGAUCACGCUCAGAGAGCUUGUUACUUCUAUGACAUCUUUGAUCAAAGGUUGUACAAGGCAACAUUGCCUAACCUUGUUGGCAAAUCAAUUUCUGGGUUAACUUGUGGGUACAUGAUCAUGAAAGAUAAGAAAGAAAGGAAAGAUUCUCCAAUUUGGCUUCUGAAUCCUUUUACAAGACAUGAACUCCGUUUUCCUUGCCCUCCUAAGCCUUAUUCUGCUAUCAUCCUUGCAUCUUUAGGUACACCUUCCCAGGAGUUCAUUAUUGUAGCUAUUAACCAAUUUAUACAAUUUUGUAGAUCCACAGAUGUCAGUUGGACUGUCCAUGAUUUGAAUGACACUUUUUUUAGCAGUUCUACAGACUGUUCUGGGCAACGAUGGUUUGAAGAUGGAGUUGUGUUCAAGGGUAAGAUAUACGUUUUAACUAAUCUUGGUGAAAUUGGGGUACUAAACCUGAAUUCUCAUCCUUAUGUGACCCUGCUGGAAGUAAAACGCAUUGGAGAUUGGAGUUCUAGAAUGAAGUUGCUUGCUUUUGAUGACAAGCUCUUAAUGAUUCAUAGAUUUGACUCAUUUCUGUGGACAUUUGAAGUUUAUGAGCUAAAUUUUGCGAAGAUGAAAUGGGUGAAGAUGCAAAACUUGAAAGAUGAAGCUUUGUUUCUAAGUCUUAAGACCUCAGGAUAUAGCAACGUAACCAAAUGGAGUGGUAGCCAACAACCUAUGAAUUGCAUUUACAAUCUUUUAGUGGUAAAAUACGAAUACACCUUACAAUUCUUGGAUGGUAAUUUCUCAAACUUUCCCAAAUCUUUCCCCCUCCUGAAAGAAGAAUGUGAUACUUGCUUUGCAUUAGAGUUAGAAGUUCCAAGGUGCAGAAUAUCUCUCCCAGGUGCUAACUUUAAUACUUUAUCCUGGUAUUUUCCAAAUCUGUCUUGCAACGUGGACGCUCUCUCUGAUAACUACUUAACUAGUUAAGAUUUCUCAUUGUUCAUGAUGCUAUCUCUUAUGACUAGUUAGAAUUACAUGUUGAUCAUGUACCCUGCUUGAUCAAUCAUUUUGGCAAGGCUUGAAGCUUAUAUAUAUUUUGUUGCUUUUCAUUUCCCUAUUUUUGUAACUCAUUGGUUAUCAUUGAGAGAAUUUUUUGCAACUUGGGUAGCUAGAGCCUAUUUUUUCUUUUUCUUUUUUUCAGUUUUUUUUAUUAUAUAUAAAUCUUUCAGAAAUUCGAUUUUAUUAUUGUUAGAUCAGUAGUCCUUCUGCUUUUGUGAGUUCACUACCACCACU